CUAUUAUUCUGUGUGCUGGUUCCCACACACACACGUCCAGGUCACCUCUGAGCCUCGGCUGCGCGCUCACACGGCUUUACCUCGAUCGCCACGCUGGACUUCAUCCUGGUUUGGUUCUGCUGAGGACCACUUGGUGGAUCCACAGGAACUGCUGCCAUGCACACCAUCCACCGCCUGUGUCGCGCCUGCAUCGGACAGAACCUGCCUCAGGUGAGCAUCGCUCGAGGAAAAGAUGGAUUCGGUUUCACCAUCUGCUCCGACUGCCCGGUCAGAGUGCAGGCGGUAGAUCCAGGCGGUCCGGCUCAUCAAUCCGGACUCCGUCAGGGAGACUCGGUCCUGCAGCUCAAUGGGCUUCCUGUAGAGACCUGGAAGUGCGUCGACCUUGCCCACGCCAUCAGGAGCUGCCAGUCUCAGAUUGUGUUGGUGGUGUGGAGAAGUUUACCUGAGGUCCGGUCAGCAUGUGAGGCUAUGCUCCGCCCACAUACACACAGCGCGACGACAGGCAGGAAGUUGCUGUCUCACCCCACCCAAAGCAAACAAGACCGCAAAUGGGGUCAGGGGUCAGGGGUCCGGGCCAGUUUGGGAGCUCUAGGUUCUCUGUGGAGGGAUAGAAAGGAGGACCGGGAGGAAGAGGAAGAGGAGGCAGAUCAGGAGAUGUACACACCUCACACCACCACCCUGAAGGGCACACGUGUGACAUCAUCAAAUGGAGACAAUUACAUCAUCCUGUCACCUGUCAGCCCAGAAGGACAGCUCCUGCAACCAGUUUAUCACGACAGGCCCGGCACGAUCGGACAUCUGUACCCGACUCGCCCCAGAGGUCCGAACGUCCUCCACGACUCAUGUUUGGGGUCGUUACAGAGACCUUUUACCAGGCAAAUCUCCACCCUGCCUCCACCGCUUUCCUCCACAUCUUCGGCCCCGCCCAGAAACUAUGGCAACUACCAGAACUGCACCAUCGUUCAGUCACAUGUGCCGUGCUCGGGAUAUGGAGCCUACGUCACCAUGGCGCCCAAAACCGUCAUCUUCCCUAUUUUCGUCCAGCCUCUCGAUCUCUGCAGUCCGGACAGAGCCCUGCUGAUGUCUGAAGAGAUGCUCCUGCACCAAGCCGACCUGCUGCCUGCAAAGGUGACCGUGUUGAUCUACACUGACCUGCUGCUACUGACCAGAGAGGAUGAAGCUGGACGCUGUAACGUCCUGCAGAGUCCGGUGUUCCUGAACACACUGAAGCUCAGAGAGGGUAAUGCUGCGUUCACUGUCACCUCUGAGCAUCGGGUUUUCUCUGUGACCUGCAGCUGGCAGGUUUCUGUUUUGUCAGACCUCCCCUCAGACUUUGGCUUCCUCUCUCUCGGGCAGUCUGACCCCCUCUACUGUCCUUCAGCUCCUUACUCUUCGCUCUGUGACUCCCUUAGACCUCCCUCCCCAUCUUCUUACUCCCCCAGUGCUCCCUUCUCCUCCUCCACUCUUCCUCCUGCUCCCGUCUCCCUUCUCUCUCCCUACUCCUCCUCACCACCUUCCAGGAACAUCAUCUCCUCAGCUCAGCUCCUCCCUCCACCUCACCGUCCCUCCUCCACUCUAAGGAGUCCUGUCUGGAAGGAGAGAGCAGAAGAGGAAGAGGAGAGGAGGAAGAGGAGACGGGAGGAAGAGGAGGUGGAGGAGCGGCAACAGGGGGAGGGGGAGAGUGCCUCAGAGACUUCAGAGAACACGGGUGGUGUCGGGGGGCGGGGCUUCCUGCUCAGCCCUCACCACUCCAACAUGAACCAGGAGAGUGACGAGGAGGAAGAGAUCUUCAGACCAGCAGUCCUACGCCGCUCGCUCUCCGAGGGUUCUCUGCUGCAAGAACCUCGGUCGCCCCGCUUCCUGUCCGACAGCACCAUCCACCGCCUCACCCAUCCUGUGAACUUUGACCUCAGCCCCAACUCGAGCCCCGCCUCCCGAGUCCCCUCCCCCCACACUCUGAGGAAGCAGCUGACCGGAGAGGGGGGGUCUCUGCACCAAAUGCUGAUGCUGCUCAACGGGACCAAGGCUGGAGAACCCAGGAACCGACAGCUGAAGAAGAAAACUCUAGCAGCUGAUGUUCGGAGCCGCCUGGCGUUUCUGCGAAUGUGGAAAAAUGGCGCUGGUGUCCAUGGAAGCAGUUUGGAGAAAGCGCUGAAAAAUAACAGACCGUCUGCAAAGGAGGUGCUGAGGUGGGCGGAGAGUCUGGAGUCCCUGCUGUCCAAUCAGUAUGGUCUGACGGUGUUCCGUCACUUCCUGAGGUCAGAGUUCAGCGAAGAGAACCUGGACUUCUGGUUGGCUGUGGAGAGGUUUAAGAAGACACGCCCCUCCAACAAGAUGGCUGCCAGAGCUGCAAAAAUCUACGACCACUUUAUUUCUACGACUGCAGCGAGACAGGUCAAUGUGGACUCGGCCAUCAGAGAGGCAACCAAUCAGAGCCUGUGCGUUGGUGUUAGCUCCGCCUCCUUCCAACUGGCGCAGGAGCAGAUUUUCAACCUGAUGGAGACGGACAGUUACCCACGGUUCCUCAAGUCCCGCCUCUACACCCAGCUGGCCAGUCACAACACAGAGCAGCGGAUCAGACCAACCAGAGACGAGGGGUUGAUCUGAGCUUCUGAUUGGCUGAACAAAUCUCUCAGUAGCAUUCUGGGAGAUGUAGUAUCGAGUGUUUGGGACAUUUACCCUUUUAACAACUUGAUUCUUACACUAAUCUUCUUUUUUUGCUGAUCUUUGUUUAUCUAGAAACAUUUAACCCGCCGUGUGAGUAAAACAUGGCCUCUGACCUUGAACCUGCCAUCUUUAGACUGUUAUCCUUCUCAUGACCCAGGUGAAGCCGUGCUCACAGGUGAAACAUCAGCAGGACUUUCCCAUCACCCUCGGCUGCAUGUCGUUGAGUCCAGAGCAGACUCUGAGUCAUGUUUUUAGCUAACGGCUAACUGAUGUAUCUCUGAUUAAAGCUGACUGAUGUCACAUCAGCUGUCA